AUGAGGAUCAGGACUGCACCUGCCCUCACUGCGACCGCACCUUCACCUCUCGCAUCGGCCUGGUCGGUCAUUUGCGAAUCCAUCGCACAGAGACUGGCAAACCAGUGCCUGAAGCACCAACCUACACCCACCGCACUCGCCUCCACUGCCCACACUGUCCUCGCACUUUCACGCAUCGCAUGGGUCUAUUCGGCCAAUCCACCACCUUGUGCACCCACUAACAACUCCCCAGCCGACAUCGACGCCACUGACCUUACCACCCCUCACUCAUCCCCUUCCUCCUCCUCUUCCUCCUUCACUGCCACAACGACGGCCACUCCGGCGUCUGUAGCGCACGACUUCACCACAGCCGCACCUGACUCAACAACAGGCACAACCCCUGCAACCUCCAUCAUCAGACGUGAGGGCCAGGACUACAUCUGCCCUCACUGCGAUCGCACCUUCACCUCUCGCAUCGGCCUCGUCGGUCACUUGCGAAUCCAUCGCACAGAGACUGGCAAACCAGUGCCUGAAGCACCAACCUACACCCACCGCACUCGCCUCCACUGCCCACACUGUCCUCGCACUUUCACGCAUCGCAUGGGUCUAUUCGGCCACAUGCGCAUCCACGACGACCUGCGGUAG